GUUCGAAUGGACCUAUCAGCGUUUCGCAAGCAAGACCCGUGAUUCCUUGCGCGUUGGAGUUCAGAUCAAGGAUUUCUGAUCGGUCGUCGUAGUUUGAGGAGGUGAAAAAAAGUGUGGAGGUGCUUUUAUUCGAUAUUCUUUAUGAAAUCUUACAUUUAACGGUUGGCUCCUGAAUUUCUUUCGCAGCCAUGUCAGCCGCAACUACACAUAAAUAUCGUUACAAAAAUGUGGGCUUGGACUCCCAAGAACUAAGACGACGUAGAGAAGAGGAAGGCGUUCAAUUAAGAAAACAGAAAAGAGAACAACAGUUAUCGAAGAGGCGCAAUGUUCCUAACAUAGUUACUGUUGAUGAUGAUAAUGUUACAGCAAAUGAAUCUGCUUUUGCAGCACCACAAUCAAAAACCGCCAUUAUGGUACUUGAAAUGGUGCAAGAAUUGUAUAGUCCUAAUCCGGAAGAUCAAUUGGUUGCUACACAAAAAUUUAGAAAAAUGUUGUCUAGGGAACCAAAUCCACCGAUAGAUGAAGUUGUAAAAACUGGAAUUGUACCUAAAUUUGUUGAAUUCUUGCAGAACAAUGCAAACUGUACGCUACAGUUUGAAGCUGCUUGGGCUCUAACAAAUAUAGCAAGUGGAACGUCUCAACAAACACGUGUAGUAGUGGAUGCGGGAGCUGUACCUAUCUUCAUAUCAUUACUUGGUUCGGAAUAUGAAGAUGUACAAGAACAAGCAGUUUGGGCAUUGGGUAAUAUUGCAGGAGAUAGUGCUGAGUGUAGAGAUCACGUAUUAGACAAUGGAAUCCUCACACCUCUUCUGCAAUUACUUUCUAAAGCAACGCGUUUAUCGAUGACACGUAAUGCGGUGUGGGCAUUAUCGAAUCUUUGUCGAGGCAAGAGUCCACCACCAGAAUUCACGAAAGUCGCACCGUGUUUACCAGUUUUAGCUCAUUUUCUUAAUCAUACCGAUGGUGAUGUUCUAGCGGAUGCUUGUUGGGCUCUUUCCUAUUUAAGCGAUGGACCGAAUGAAAAAAUUCAAGCAGUUAUCGAUGCAGGUGUUUGCAGACGUUUGGUAGAGUUACUCAUGCAUCAGCAGGAAAAUGUAAUCAGCGCGGCGCUUCGAGCAGUGGGUAAUAUAGUUACAGGGGACGACGUACAAACACAAAUCGUUCUUAAUUGUUCUGCGUUGCAAUGUUUGUAUCAUCUAUUGAAUUUGUCACUAGAAAGUAUUCGCAAAGAAGCUUGUUGGACUAUCUCUAAUAUUACAGCAGGAAAUCCUCAGCAAAUUCAAGCUGUCAUCGAUGCCGGUAUAUUUCCCGUCCUAAUUGAUAUUUUAACGAAAGCUGAAUUUAAGAUUCGAAAAGAAGCAGCAUGGGCAAUCACCAACGCUACAAGCGGUGGUGCACCUGAACAAAUACGUUAUAUCGUUGUUGAAGGAUGUAUUCCGCCGUUGUGCAAUUUGUUAACGGUAAUGGAUCCUAAGAUCGUUCAAGUUGCAUUAAGUGGAUUGGAAAAUAUCUUACGUGUAGGAGAACAAGAUGCUGCCACGAAUAAUGGUAUCAAUCAUUAUGCGGUACAAGUUGAGGAAUGUUUCGGCCUAAAUAAAAUAGAAUUUUUGCAAUCUCAUCAAAAUAUAGACAUCUAUCAGAAGGCCUUCGACAUAAUUGAACGAUAUUUUGGAUCUGAAGAAGAAGAUACUCGAGUCGUACCGACUAUUGACGCGCAAGGACAACAGUUCCAAUUUAGAGCGCCCGAUUCAUCUCAGCUACCAGUCGAGGGUUUUGAAUUUUAAUCGACUAGUUUUAACGAGAGCUCCGAUUGUACCAGCCGAUUCAACCUUGUUUCGUUCGUUGUGUUUACAACUAUUUUUCCUGAAAAGGACAUUUCCAAAAUGGAAGAAAAAAGUUCAGUCAGAUACAAAACAGUGGUAUAACUACUACGUAUAUUUUGAAUUCGUUUGUAUCGGUCAGAAUAUCAGUAAAAACAAAUCUCGAAGUGAUCAGUUUUUUGCUCGACGAUAAAGAUGAGUAAAAUGUUUAUACACAGUUAUUUUAAGUGGUUUUCUCUUAUUAUUUUAGCUACACCAUAUGCAUCGUUCUAAGUUUACUACAAAAAUGCGAUUGUGUUUAUUACGAACCUAUGUCGAAUUGUGACAAUUCUUUUAGCUGUUAAGCUUUGAAGCAAUUCGGAUAGAUUCGUAUGUUCGACCUCAUAACAUAAACCAUAUUUAGUAUGAAACGUUUAGUUUAUUGGAAUUAACAAAGUAAACAUCUUAGUGCUUAAGUAGAAACAAAUAAUUACGGAAACAAUGAUCAGGACAAUUUACUACUGAAGUAACAUAUUUCAAACGACGUACGACUGACUCAGAAUUACGAAAAACUUGCACAACUAGCAAGACAUUAAUGACUGAAGUACGCGACUACGUAGCCAACACGGACAACUUUAUGCAACGCGUUACUCACAUCCUUACUAUAUUAGGUAGGAAACAUGACCAAUUAAACUUUUUUACUGUAAAUACGUAUCUUGUAAUUUUAAGGCCAUUUUAUACAGAAUGUCCUUAAGAAAAAAAGUAACAUUUAUGUCAGAUUAAUGUGAUUCUAUUCUUUGAAAAUACAUUAUAUAUAAAUGCA